AGGUUGUCCCAAAACUGUAAGACGACUAGCAGAAGAGAACACUCCCGCGAGUGGUAACUCACCGCUGGACUUCCAGGACACUGUCUCGCUGAAAGAAAGGAUGGCUAUGUACCAGGCUGCUGUGUCCAAGGUAGAGAGCAGCAGCUCCUUCGCUAAUGCUUCAGAGGAAACAGAGUCAUGUACCGUGCCUGGCGGCCUUGCAAGAGUAAAGAAACAGUUUGAGAAAGGCCAGAUGACCUCAGCACAAAACGCCUUUGCUCAGUACCAGCACAAGUCUGUACAGGAGAUGUCAAGUAGCAGUCAACGCACAGUAUCAAGUAGCCACAGGGAAACUGAAGGCAAUGAAAUCACCUCCAAAGAAAGUCACAUGGAAACCCUUCAAACGGAAGAGAUUUCUCAUCGUGAGCAAAUUACUCAUGAGAGAAAAGAGGUUUCUACAGUCUUACAGCACAAUGAUGAAACAGUAGUCAAUGCAGCUAUGAAUGAAGAGUUCCCAAAGAUUUCAACACAGGUUUUAAAGCAGCAAUUUGAAAAGACAGCUCGGGAAAAGGCUGUUCACUCUGACAAGGAGACUGCAACACCUGCCAAGCAAGCAAAGAUUGAAAAUGGGUACCAGGAAGCUAUAUGGCCUUCAGCAGUUAGUUGUUCUUCCACCACUACAACUUCAGCAAGCAGACUCCAUGAAACUUCGACAGCCAGGAGAAAGCAGUACGGAACCAUUGCCUCUGCGAUGCCUAACACCAGGUCCCCUAAGUAUGGAAACACAGAAAACUUUCCCGCUACUUUCACACCAGCUCCAUUGGAAACGACAGAGAUUUCCCAGUCCCCUGAACAACCCACCUCUCCAAAGUCCACUAUCCCCAAAGAUCUGUACUCAAAGCAAAGAAAUUUAUAUGAAUUAAAACGCCUAUACAAACAUAUUCACCCAGAACUAAGGAAAAGCUUAGAAAAGGAUUACUUAAAUGAGAUCUCUGAUAUUUUAUCUAGUGAAUCUGAAGCAAGGAAUAUAACGUCAGGAGAUGUACAACAGGCUAGAUAUGUUUUUGAAAACACUAUUAUCCCUCAAAAGUUUACAGGCUCAGAAAAAGAAUAUAUAGAAUGGGAUGAAAUCCUAAAAGGUGAGGUCCAGUCUAUGAGAUGGAUCUUUGAGAACCAACCUUUAGAUUCAAUUAAAGAUGACUCUCCAGAUCCAGACAACGUUAAAAGCAUUGCAGAGCAAGAAAUCAUUGCAGGUGGAGAUGUUAAAUACACAACCUGGAUGUUUGAGACUCAGCCUAUUCAAGCACUGGGUGCACAAUCUUCAGAAUCUGCAGAAACUACAGACAAGAUCCCAGAAUUAGCUAGAGGAGAUGUCCGCACAGCCACAUGGAUGUUUGAAACCCAGCCACUGGACUCUAUGAAUAAAAUUUAUCAUGAUGAAGAACAGACAUCAGAUGAGACUUGUGUUAGAGAAAUUUCUGGUGGUGAUGUAAAAACUGUGAAGUACAUGUUUGAAACACAGAAUCUGGAUAAACUUGGGCAGCUAUACUCAGUGGAUGAAGUUAAUUUGCUGCAGCUGAGGUCUGAGCUUAAGGAGAUUAAAGGAAAUGUGAAGAGAAGCAUAAAGCAUUUCGAAACUCGCCCAUUGUAUGUUAUCAGAGACAACCUAGGUCAAAUACUGGAGAUUAAAACUGUCCACCGAGAAGACAUUGAAAAGGGGGACGUCAGAACAGCACGCUGGAUGUUUGAAACACAGCCCUUAGACAGGAUUAAUAAAGACCCAGUGGAAAUUAAAGUUUUACGAGGAAUCUCUAUGGAGGAAAAUGUCAAAGGUGGCGUGCACAAGGCAAAAUGGUUAUUUGAAACACAGCCUUUGGAUACUAUUAAAGAGGAUUCUGAGGAAAUGAUCACUCAGAAGGAAACUAUUCUAGGGACUGAUGUUUCCAGAAAGUGCUGGAUUUUUGAAACCCAGCCUCUUGAUACUCUAAAAGAGAACGAUGACGCGUCUCGUCCCCUCCCUGAAGAAAUAAUAGGAGGUGAUGUAUCUGGUACUAAACAUUUAUUCGAAACUUUGCCAAUGGAUGCAUUAAAGGACAGUCUAGAUGUUGGUAAGCUUCAAAAGGUGGUUGCUACUGAGGAAGAAAAAGGUGAUGUAAGACAUCAGAAAUGGGUUUUUGAGACUAAACCUCUUGAACAGAUCAGAGAAGAAAGAAAAGAAUUUGUCAGAACUGUAAAGCUUGAAGAAAUUGACAGAGGUGAUGUGAACGCCUACAAAAAUAUAUUUGAAUCGAGCAAUUUAAAAAAAUAUGAUAAAUCACAAAGAAUCCAUGUGGAGGGUGUAAUACGAGGAGCUGUAGAGCUGAACAAAGCUCUUUUUGAAACAACUCCUCUCUACGCAAUUCAAGACAGUCACGGUAAAUACCAUGAGGUUAAAACAAUCAGGCAAGAAGAAAUUUUAAGAGGUGACGUAAGGAGCUGCAGGUGGCUUUUUGAAACAAGGCCUCUUGAUCAAUUUGAUGAAAGUGAUAAAAAAAUCCAAAUCAUCAAGGGAAUAUCUUCACAAGAAGUAAUUUCUGGUGAUGUGAAAACAGCUAAAUGGUUGUUUGAAACUCAGCCUCUUGAUGCAAUUAAACAUUUUAGUGAUAUGGGAGAAGAAGAAAUUAAAGCAGAACAGAGGAUAGACAUUGUUAAAGGAGACGUAAAAACAUGUAGAUGGCUUUUUGAAACACAGCCAAUGGAAUCACUGUAUGACAAAGUUGAAGUGGUGACAGACAGUGAAGAAAUACAUAAAGGAGAUGUCAAAACCUGUACUCAGCUCUUUGAAACACAGCCACUGGAUGCAAUAAAAGAUGGUUCAGAAAUAACAGAAAAGCUACACACUGUGAAUCGGGAGGAUAUUCACGGAAGUGAUGUCCGUACAGCAUGUUGCCUUUUUGAAACAGAAAACCUAGAAAAUAUACAAGGUGAAGAAGGGAAGGAGUUAAAAAGAAUAAUGGAAAUUGAUAUUCAGCCUGGGGAUGUCUCAACUAUGAAGCAAAAAUUUGAAAACCACUCAUUAGACUCCAUAAAUUUCAGUUCAGAGGAAGUUCUGGAAAAAAUUAAAACUAUUCAAAAACAGGAAAUACAGAAAGGAAAUGUUUUACAUUGCCGAUGGCUUUUUGAAAAUCACUCCAUUGAUGAUAUAAAAGAAAAUCAGGAAAACAGUGCCUCAGUCAAAACUGUAACAGAUAUAAAGGGGGGCAAUGUGAGAAAAAGUUGUUUUAUUUUUGAGACCUUCUCUUUGGACCAAAUUAGAGAUGAAUCUGAAAACAUCAGCACCAAGAAAACCAUCAGUGAGGAGGAAAUAACAAAGGGAAAUGUUAAAAACUAUAGAAUGAUGUUUGAAAAUCAAUCACUCUACGCAAUCCAGGACAAAGAAGGGAAUUAUCACGAAGUAACAACAGUUAAAAAGGAAGAUGUGAUUCAUGGAGAUGUACGUGGGACAAGGUGGUUGUUUGAAACAAAACCUUUAGAUUCUAUUAAUGAAUCAGAUAAUGUAUACAUUAUUCGAGCUGUCACCCAGGAAGAUAUUCAGAAAGGAGAUGUGAGCUCUGUCAGGUACAGAUUUGAGACUCAACCAUUGGAUAAAAUUUCAGAAAAUGAAAAAAUAAUUGUGCCCGCUAUCUGCAGUGUUGUAGGGGCUGAUGUGAAGGCAAACAAACGAUUAUUCGAGUCUGAAGAGCUAAGUAAGGGCACAUAUGUAAGAACUGUGAGUGUCAGUGAAGUCCAACAUGGCAAUGUCAAAACUGCCACAUGGUUAUUUGAGACACACACUCUAGAUGAGAUUAGAGCAGAGGGGUCAGAAUAUAAAGAUGUUCAAACAGUCACAAAGGAAGAUGUGCAAGAAGGUGAUGUUCAGCAUGCAGUGUGGGUUUUUGAAAAUCAGCCACUGGAUUCUAUUAAAGAAACUGAUGAAAGUGAAGUAAGAACAUCCAGGGAAGACAUUCCACAGGUGGAUGUUAAAACAACAACAUGGCUCUUUGAAACAACACCUUUCCACGAAUUUAAUGAAAGUAAGGUUGAAAAGCAAGAAAUUAUAGGCAAAAGUAUCAAAGAAACGCUAAAAGAGCUUUACUCUCAAAAAGUUGUGGAGUCUCAUGGAAUUAUCAUUGCGUCAGAUGAAAUUGGGGAUGUCAGAAUGGCAAAAUAUAAACUAAUGAAUCAAAAGGCACCAGAAAUACAGAAGGAAGAAAUUAUUAAAGGGGAUCUAGGCAACAUAAUGAUGAACCUGCUGUCCAUAAAAAACACUACCAAAAAAGAGAUUGUAGUAAAUGACGAUGAAAAAGGCAACGUUAAUUUGACCAAAACUCAGUUACUGAACAGAUCAGUAGAUGAUCAUGUUGAAAAAGAAGAGAUAGUGAGAGGUGAUAUACAGCAGGCUAUUAAAAAACUAUUUAGUAAGGAUAGCUCUGUAAAACAAGGAAUCUUAAUUCAGGAAAAUGAGAGAGGGGAUGUUAACAUGACAAUAUAUUCUCUCCUUCACAAAAAAGAUGGCCGCAAAAUGCGACGUGAUGAAGUGAUAGGUGGUGAUGUGAAACGUACCAUUCACAGCCUCCUGUCUUCUAUAGCAAAUAAUGAAAUACCAGAACGGGCUAAAAUAGAAGAAAAUGAGAGAGGCAAUGUUCAGUUUUUCACAACAUGCAUAGAAGCUGGAGCUCUGGACUAUUUGAAACUGUUCCAAACAGGGUCAGAUGAAACAUCUACAAAUGAGAAACAAGAGGAAGAUGAGGAAAUAAUUGCUGGUGAUGUAGAAGGCACAAAGCUGUUGCUAAAGAAACACAAGUCCCCCAUUCAACGUACAGUCGCUGAAGCUGACAUCAUCCCUGGAGACGUGUGUAAUGCAGUUAAAAGUUUCACGGCAGAGCCACAGGAUACAUCUAGUCACAUACAGAAAGAAGAAAUUAUAAAAGGUGAUUUGAAGGCAGCUUUAAAUUCCCUCAGCCAGGCCAUAAGUCAAACAACAGUUAAAGAAAAGGAAGAAAUUAUAAAAGCUGAUAUACUGGCAAUACUGAAGUCACUUGAAGAAGCAGCUUUUCAACUGAAAGAAGCAGAAAGGCCUGAGGUCAUACCUGGAGAUAUUAAGAGGACUAUUGAGUCCCUUGAAAAGGCAAUAAAUGCAAAAAUUAAAGUUCUAAAAACCGAUGUUGUUCAGGAGGAUCUCGAUUCAACAUUAAGGUCUUUAAAAGAAGCUCAGCUAUCUUUCAAGAGCAUAGGGAGAGGAGAUGUAAUCAACAGAGAUACUCAGACUGUUGUGCAAAAUGAGCUAGAAAUCUGUGCAGAAAGGAAAAUGGUACAAUCUGGAGAAAGGAAUCAGACAGAUAUAAAAGGAACUGCCAAACCAGCUUUUAAACCAUCUCAGCAAUUAGCACAUGGUAACAUGACCCAAAAUCAAGCCAAGUCAGUUAAAUCUCACCAUGAAUGUUACCAGCAAGUGCAGGCUAAAAAUGAGACUUUUCUGAAAGAAGCUGCAAAGGUUACUGAAAAGAUACAUUUAGAUCAGAGUACUGAGUCUCCUGAUAUUUAUCAUAUUAAAAAGAUGAAUUUACCUAAUUUGCAACAAAAGAGCACUGAGAAAGUGGAAGAGUCAAAGGAUAAAACCAGAGUCCAGCACAAAGCAGAAAAUGACACAAAAUCUCCUACUGAACAACAUAUGAAAAACCAGUCUACCUUCUGUGAAAAAGUGGGGAGAAAUCACGUGGCAAAGAGCAAAAUACAGCAAUCUCAGGAUCGUAGAGAAACUUUUGCCAUAAAAGAAAUGAACCCUGACCAAGUGCAAGAUGUAGUAACUAGAACAGCAGGACAGAGUGUCAAAGACGAAGUCACGCAGGAAACACACAGUAAUUUUAAGGAAACUGAGAGCAGGAAAAGGAUUGAUAUUCAUCAGCAAAAUAAGAAAUUAGUAGGCCAGUUUACUAGAAAGACUAAAAUAGAAGCUACUAAAUCAGAUGCUCGACUUUCAGUAAAAGCUCCUUCGAAUCCAGCCAAGAAUGUAAUUCAGAAAGACACAACAGAAAUGGAUUCCCUAUUCCCACCUCCACCAUCCCUUCCCCCAUCACCACCUCCUUCAGUUACAUCUUCUGAAGGUGAAUUUCCUCUGCCUCCUCCACCUCCUCCUCCUCUAACAUCAGAUAAACAGAUGUCUCUUUCACCACCAUUAUCUAGAGAAACAGCUGAGUUUGAUCAUUUUCCUCCUCCUCCACCACCACUGCCAAUAGAUGACAAAUCUGAAAGUGAGUUCCUAUCUGGUCUCCCUCUCCCACCACCUCCGCCCCAUCUUCUGAUUCCUCCUACAAUGCAACCAAGGCAAAACAAAAAGCACGUUCCUAAAUAUCCAGAAGAGUCACUGCUUCAUCCAGAGCAAAUUCAUGCCAGUACUGAAGUGGCAGGUAAAUCUACUGCAGUAGCAUCAUCACAAAACCACGCCAGAAGGGAGCCCACAAGGGGCCCGGAAGGUCUCAAGUCCAAAAUACCUCCUAUAUUUGAGCCAACAGUACUUCAUAUGCGCACAGAAACGGAUAUCACCAAAAUAUUAGCAGACAGUAGCAAGUCUGAAACUCUGAUGAAUGUGGUUAGUCAUAAACAGAAACAAGUGAGCAGUCACACAAGAGCAGAGGAGGGAGGACUACUCUCCUCUGCAGCAGAAAUGGCUGAUUAUUCACCCAAGGCUCAGGAAGAGAUUCUAUCAGUCCAGAAAAAAGAGACCUUUCCAGUGAUGAAAUCUCCUUCUGUUCCUUCAGAGAAUGAAGCACAAAUAAAACCCAAGCCUUAUAUUCGAAAAUUUGUAACUCCAUUAAUGAUAGCUGAAGAAAAAUAUAGACAGCAAAAGGAAGAGAGAGAGAAAACGGAAGUCAAAAUUUGCUGUGAGUCAGUCAGAACAAGCAACAAGGUUCAGGGAAGUCCAAACGAAACAUUAUUACAGAAACCAAACAAGCAAGAUCAAGGUCCUGCACAAGGCGCAGAAGCCCCAGGGAUACCAGAGAAAAGCACAAUUUCUGAUUCUGAUAUUCAUGUCAAUUUUCAAGCAAGAGGCUUCAGAGGUGAUAAAAAGCUAUCUGCAUCAUCAACCACCAAGCAGCUUCAGGAAGUUUUAGAAGCCUCAGAAGAAAAUCACAGUAGUAAAAAAGUACUACUGGGUGCAAAACAUAACCUGUCAUGUCAGAUGGAAAAAACGCAUCCCGAUCAGACAUUACCUAAGCCUGAGCAGCUGAAGAACGUGGAGCAACUGACCCAGCCUCAAAAUAAAAUCAGUCCCCCUACAUUCAAAGUUAAAACUAUUAAGGUUCCCAUCGGAGAGCAGAGCUUGCAGGAGACUCAUAAAGAUUCUGAAAUACAGCAAAAUGAGAUUAGAGCAGAGGGGUCAGAAUAUAAAGAUGUUCAAACAGUCACAAAGGAAGAUGUGCAAGAAGGUGAUGUUCAGCAUGCAGUGUGGGUUUUUGAAAAUCAGCCACUGGAUUCUAUUAAAGAAACUGAUGAAAGUGAAGUAAGAACAUCCAGGGAAGACAUUCCACAGGUGGAUGUUAAAACAACAACAUGGCUCUUUGAAACAACACCUUUCCACGAAUUUAAUGAAAGUAAGGUUGAAAAGCAAGAAAUUAUAGGCAAAAGUAUCAAAGAAACGCUAAAAGAGCUUUACUCUCAAAAAGUUGUGGAGUCUCAUGGAAUUAUCAUUGCGUCAGAUGAAAUUGGGGAUGUCAGAAUGGCAAAAUAUAAACUAAUGAAUCAAAAGGCACCAGAAAUACAGAAGGAAGAAAUUAUUAAAGGGGAUCUAGGCAACAUAAUGAUGAACCUGCUGUCCAUAAAAAACACUACCAAAAAAGAGAUUGUAGUAAAUGACGAUGAAAAAGGCAACGUUAAUUUGACCAAAACUCAGUUACUGAACAGAUCAGUAGAUGAUCAUGUUGAAAAAGAAGAGAUAGUGAGAGGUGAUAUACAGCAGGCUAUUAAAAAACUAUUUAGUAAGGAUAGCUCUGUAAAACAAGGAAUCUUAAUUCAGGAAAAUGAGAGAGGGGAUGUUAACAUGACAAUAUAUUCUCUCCUUCACAAAAAAGAUGGCCGCAAAAUGCGACGUGAUGAAGUGAUAGGUGGUGAUGUGAAACGUACCAUUCACAGCCUCCUGUCUUCUAUAGCAAAUAAUGAAAUACCAGAACGGGCUAAAAUAGAAGAAAAUGAGAGAGGCAAUGUUCAGUUUUUCACAACAUGCAUAGAAGCUGGAGCUCUGGACUAUUUGAAACUGUUCCAAACAGGGUCAGAUGAAACAUCUACAAAUGAGAAACAAGAGGAAGAUGAGGAAAUAAUUGCUGGUGAUGUAGAAGGCACAAAGCUGUUGCUAAAGAAACACAAGUCCCCCAUUCAACGUACAGUCGCUGAAGCUGACAUCAUCCCUGGAGACGUGUGUAAUGCAGUUAAAAGUUUCACGGCAGAGCCACAGGAUACAUCUAGUCACAUACAGAAAGAAGAAAUUAUAAAAGGUGAUUUGAAGGCAGCUUUAAAUUCCCUCAGCCAGGCCAUAAGUCAAACAACAGUUAAAGAAAAGGAAGAAAUUAUAAAAGCUGAUAUACUGGCAAUACUGAAGUCACUUGAAGAAGCAGCUUUUCAACUGAAAGAAGCAGAAAGGCCUGAGGUCAUACCUGGAGAUAUUAAGAGGACUAUUGAGUCCCUUGAAAAGGCAAUAAAUGCAAAAAUUAAAGUUCUAAAAACCGAUGUUGUUCAGGAGGAUCUCGAUUCAACAUUAAGGUCUUUAAAAGAAGCUCAGCUAUCUUUCAAGAGCAUAGGGAGAGGAGAUGUAAUCAACAGAGAUACUCAGACUGUUGUGCAAAAUGAGCUAGAAAUCUGUGCAGAAAGGAAAAUGGUACAAUCUGGAGAAAGGAAUCAGACAGAUAUAAAAGGAACUGCCAAACCAGCUUUUAAACCAUCUCAGCAAUUAGCACAUGGUAACAUGACCCAAAAUCAAGCCAAGUCGGUUAAAUCUCACCAUGAAUGUUACCAGCAAGUGCAGGCUAAAAAUGAGACUUUUCUGAAAGAAGCUGCAAAGGUUACUGAAAAGAUACAUUUAGAUCAGAGUACUGAGUCUCCUGAUAUUUAUCAUAUUAAAAAGAUGAAUUUACCUAAUUUGCAACAAAAGAGCACUGAGAAAGUGGAAGAGUCAAAGGAUAAAACCAGAGUCCAGCACAAAGCAGAAAAUGACACAAAAUCUCCUACUGAACAACAUAUGAAAAACCAGUCUACCUUCUGUGAAAAAGUGGGGAGAAAUGUAAGAGCAGAGAAAUCAGAAACAUACAAAGCUCUGAAGACAAACAUGUGCGACCACUUUCAAAAGCACGUGGCAAAGAGCAAAAUACAGCAAUCUCAGGAUCGUAGAGAAACUUUUGCCAUAAAAGAAAUGAACCCUGACCAAGUGCAAGAUGUAGUAACUAGAACAGCAGGACAGAGUGUCAAAGACGAAGUCACGCAGGAAACACACAGUAAUUUUAAGGAAACUGAGAGCAGGAAAAGGAUUGAUAUUCAUCAGCAAAAUAAGAAAUUAGUAGGCCAGUUUACUAGAAAGACUAAAAUAGAAGCUACUAAAUCAGAUGCUCGACUUUCAGUAAAAGCUCCUCCGAAUCAAGCCAAGAAUGUAAUUCAGAAAGACACAACAGAAAUGGAUUCCCUAUUCCCACCUCCACCAUCCCUUCCCCCAUCACCACCUCCUUCAGUUACAUCUUCUGAAGGUGAAUUUCCUCUGCCUCCUCCACCUCCUCCUCCUCUAACAUCAGAUAAACAGAUGUCUCUUUCACCAGCUAUAAUAAUAGCUAUUAAUAAUAGCCACACUAUUAAUAAUAAUAGUAAUAGCCAUAGCUAUAAUGUUAAUUUUUAUUUUUUUCCACCACCACUGCCAAUAGAUGACAAAUCUGAAAGUGAGUUCCUAUCUGGUCUCCCUCUCCCACCACCUCCGCCCCAUCUUCUGAUUCCUCCUACAAUGCAACCAAGGCAAAAGAAAAAGCACGUUCCUAAAUAUCCAGAAGAGUCACUGCUUCAUCCAGAGCAAAUUCAUGCCAGUACUGAAGUGGCAGGUAAAUCUACUGCAGUAGCAUCAUCACAAAACCACGCCAGAAGGGAGCCCACAAGGGGCCCGGAAGGUCUCAAGUCCAAAAUACCUCCUAAAUUUGAGCCAACAGUACUUCAUAUGCGCACAGAAACGGAUAUCACCAAAAUAUUAGCAGACAGUAGCAAGUCUGAAACUCUGAUGAAUGUGGUUAGUCAUAAACAGAAACAAGUGAGCAGUCACACAAGAGCAGAGGAGGGAGGACUACUCUCCUCUGCAACAGAAAUGGCUGAUUAUUCACCCAAGGCUCAGGAAGAGAUUCUAUCAGUCCAGAAAAAAGAGACCUUUCCAGUGAUGAAAUCUCCUUCUGUUCCUUCAGAGAAUGAAGCACAAAUAAAACCCAAGCCUUAUAUUCGAAAAUUUGUAACUCCAUUAAUGAUAGCUGAAGAAAAAUAUAGACAGCAAAAGGAAGAGAGAGAGAAAACGGAAGUCAAAAUUUGCUGUGAGUCAGUCAGAACAAGCAACAAGGUUCAGGGAAGUCCAAACGAAACAUUAUUACAGAAACCAAACAAGCAAGAUCAAGGUCCUGCACAAGGCGCAGAAGCCCCAGGGAUACCAGAGAAAAGCACAAUUUCUGAUUCUGAUAUUCAUGUCAAUUUUCAAGCAAGAGGCUUCAGAGGUGAUAAAAAGCUAUCUGCAUCAUCAACCACCAAGCAGCUUCAGGAAGUUUUAGAAGCCUCAGAAGAAAAUCACAGUAGUAAAAAAGUACUACUGGGUGCAAAACAUAACCUGUCAUGUCAGAUGGAAAAAACGCAUCCCGAUCAGACAUUACCUAAGCCUGAGCAGCUGAAGAACGUGGAGCAACUGACCCAGCCUCAAAAUAAAAUCAGUCCCCCUACAUUCAAAGUUAAAACUAUUAAGGUUCCCAUCGGAGAGCAGAGCUUGCAGGAGACUCAUAAAGAAUCUGAAAUACAAGUCCAAAAAACAAGCGCGUCCCAGGAAUAUAACAGGCUGCAAGAAAAUGCCUGUGUCAAACACAAAGGCAUACAAGUGAAAGCAAGCCUCCUAAAGAAAAAAGAUCCAAAACAAGAAAAUACACACAAAAAUUCUUUGUGUUCUUCACCACUGCAUACAGAGGAAAAAUGUGCAGUAGAUAUAGUAGAUAUUUUGAGAAAAAGAGAGGAACUGCAGGAAGUUUUGUGCAGGGUGAAACAGUUUGAAGAUGAGCCAAAUAGGAUUGGUCUAAAAACAUUUAAGACAUUUUUAAAUAUUAUCCCUGUAUGGCUAAUAGAUCAAGAAAGAAAAAAAUAUAUAGCUCAUAUAAUAACAGAAAAUAAUGCUGAAAAAAUGAAAGAAGAAUUAUCUGAUAUUAAAUAUCAAGCAAGCCAAAUGCUUGCUUCAUAUGAAGAUUCAAUCCAAACCGCUGUCUCCUCAAGAACAGUCAAAUCCAGAAAUAACAGCACUACUUAUCAGGGCACUUCCCAGAAAAUAUCAGGAAUUACUACUGGCUCCAAUAAAAAAGACCUGCAUAAAACCACAGGCUCUAUUGAAGCAGAAGCAGUGCAUCAGGAUGCUCAACAGCAGUCCAAUGGACUUGGCCAGACAGAAUCCAGGUCUUCUCCAGCACUAAGAAUGAGAUCCCCGUCUCCUACUUAUAUAACAAUUGAGUCUAGAAGGACAGACUCUCCUCUAAGGGAGGCACCGUCUUCCCCUACCCAAAGGGAAGGGACUUCAUUUCCUCUGCCGCCCCACAGAUCUGCAACAUCAAAAACUAAAAUUCGACAGCCACAGUCUUCCCCCUCUUCAAGAAGCCAAGCUGAGCAACUGGCUAAGCUGAAAGACACCACAGCAAAAUUAUCACAAGGCGCAACACAGCAUCAAGCUGUAAAUCCACUUCCGAUUGUAGAAAAAAGAUCAGAAAUCAUUAAAUCUCCUGCAACACUUCGCCGACAAAUUAAGAUUGAAAUGCACGCUAGGAAACCUUUAUCUUCUGUAAUGCCACCUGUAUAUGAAUCUCAAGUAACUGCUGGUACAGUAAAAAAUACACAAGAAACACAAGAAAAAAGACUACAUGCACUACAUGCAGAGAAAAACAAAUACUUGUGCCAAGACCGAUUAAACAUUCCAGAACACUUAGAGUCUCAGAGUGAAAGUUUAGAUUCCAUCUCAGUGACACGAAAAUUUGAGAGUCCUGGGAUUCAUCACCCAUCAGGGCUUAUUCACAGAUUCGAAGCAUCAGAGAUAGUAACACACACAAAAAAUGAGCCAACUACAGUAGUUGAGAGGUUACAUAAUGAAAGUGCAUAUGAAAAGGGUAAGCUUUUUGGAAAAACUGAGGACAAAGACAUAUUUGAAGUUAAGUCAAUGGAAAGAGAUUUCAGAAGUGGUGAAGUGAAUAGCAAAAUCAAGGACAGAACACACAUAUUUAACCGAGAUGAGUUCUGUAUGGACAAUCAAAGUCAGAAAGCUAAUUUCCAAAACUCUUCUUGCUGGCAGCUAAGAGAAACAAAACAAGAUAUAUCUUAUAAACCAGGGCAACGUAAAGAUAAAGAACAAUCAUUUCAACCUGCAAUACGUUUGGAAGCUAAGUCCCAUAACGAAUGUUCUUCUGACAGGGAUACAUUAACAAGCACAGUAGUUGAAUCAAGAACUGCAACCUCAGCCUCACAAAAUGUUGAUAGUAUGCAGUCAGGAUUUGGCUUCAAGCAUGCCCCUCCAACAUAUGAAGAUGUUAUCUCUGGACAUAUUCUGGAUAUUUCUACUACUGGUUCACCAGAAGAGCUACUGAAAAAUUUUCAGAAGACAUGGCAAGAGAGUGAACAAGUCUUUAAAAGUCUAGGUUACAGUGUCUCAGAUACUUCUGAAACGGAAAUGAGAAGCAGCUUCCAUGAGGAAGCAGAGUAUUUCAGUGAAACUACAGCUUCAGGAACAGGAAAUAUGCACACUUUGUCAACAGCGAGUUUACCCAAUGGAAUGCCUAGUCGCAGACAAGCAGAAUUUUCAUAAAACAUGUUUCCGAUGUCACCACUGUGGCAGCAAAUUAAGCUUGGGAAAUUAUGCAUCUCUCCAUGGACAAAUAUACUGUAAACCUCAUUUUAAGCAACUUUUCAAGUCUAAAGGAAAUUACGAUGAAGGUUUU